AUGACUGUGAUGAUGAGGAACAAGGACCACAAUCACCAAGUCAUAGCCUACUGCGCUCUCACUACCGGCUUCAACUUGAUCAGCCAAGCUUUCAAUUUUUACUAUGUCAACGUGUUUCUCAAUAUUUAUCAAGUUCAAGAAGCAUGGUUCCAGUUUGCUCAAGUCAUGUUCUUGAUAUGGAAUGCGAUCAAUGAUCCCCUAUUUGCAUAUUGUGCAGAUAACAAAAAUAUAAGAUUUAUGUCUACACGGCGAAAUAUGGUUUUGUAUGGUGCACCUUUCUUUGCAUUGUCAUUUCUUGUGCCAUGGUUUCAGUGGAGCCCGAACCCGACAAUAAUUGGAUUGCAUUUGAUAAUAGCUUUAUGCUUUUGGGAUACUAUGUUUACAUUAGUUGGGCUUGCAUCCUGUUGUUUAUUCACUGAAAUAUCUCAGGACCCAUCAAAGAGAAUAACACUUACCCGAUAUGCCACCUUGGGCUCUCUUGUCGGUUCGAGUAGUAUCUUGUUCUUGGACCACGCUUCCAGCAGUUUGAUAAAUUUCAGAGCUUUUCAAUUUGUUUCUGUAAUUGUUGCUUUUCUGAGCUGGGUCCUAAUGCAUUACUGCGGCAAACACUGUCAUACCAGAUUUGACUUGAACCAAAUGAAACAGAAAAACAAAUCACCCGAUCAGGUUCUCCACGAGCGCAGUGGUCAUGAGUCCUAUUUCCAACAAACGUUACAAAUUCUGUCUGACAUCAAUUUUCUCUCGUUUGUCAUAACCAACUUCUUCCAGGAGUUUCAUAAGACAUAUUUGAUAAACUUUUUAGCUGUAAUUUGUGAUCAAAUGGUUCCAGCAAAUUAUAUUUCACAGAGGAUGAGGAGUACCUUUUACGGAUGUGUUCCUUUUUCAUCUCAGAGACGAUUGAUUGAUUGAUGUUUUCCGCCACGCUCAACAAUUUUUCAGUUAUCUGGUGGGCCCAGUUUUUAUUGGUGGAAGAAAGAACCCAGAUACAAUGUACCUGGGAAAAGACCACCGAUCUU